AUGGAUAGAAAAUCUGCUAGAAUAAAAGCAGAGUUGCAAAGAUAUGGUUGGAGAGUUUCGAAGAAGUUUAAAUAUAGGAAGGGAAGACCCAUAAAAGUCUAUGACAAAUUGUCUGGUCUUCGCUACGAAAUGGAUUUGGAAACAGCACGUGCAAAUUAUCCAAACAGACUAGAGAGGUUAGAAGAAGAACGUCUUAUGGACAUGCCUUUCGAUGUUAGUGAACCUCAAGUUGAAGGACACGACGGCUUUGCCAGAUUCUACUGGAAACAUGACGAACAAUUGCAUCCUUUGAGAAGGAAAAAAGGAAAAGGUGAAGACACACAUGCUCCCAUGGAAAGAACAAGAUAUGCAUAUGAAAAGUAUCGUGAAGUUAGAAGUCAAAUUACAUCUGGUCGAACCUUUACAGUAAACUUUGACGAAGGAAAGAACAAAGAAGGCUUCAUGGGAGUACUUGCUGCAAUUCAAGACGGAAAUAAGAAAGGACACAAUCUCAGAUUGACCAUAACAGAUUUGGAUGGUCACAUUUACUAUGCACAUGGCAAUGUCACAACAGCCGCACAACUUCUUGACGCUUUCAAGACUACAAAGAGAGAACAAAUGGUUGACUCCGACUCAGACAUUUUGAAUGCAAUUGAAGGAAUUGCAAGUGUCAAGUUCGAAUGGUACCAACCUAACCCUCAAGCAGUCAGACAACAUGCUGGAUACUUCCCCUUCAGAAAUAAGUCUGACAUUGACUUGACAAGGUA